GAUCGGAAGGGAAUCGUUCAGAGAAAUCAGGUCCCCUUUCGCCUUGUAAAUCAAGGCCCAUGAUUUCAUGAAAUGCGCUAAUGCUCUGCCAUCUGCAACUAUGUGGCUGAACGUGACACCUAUGGAGAUGCCCGAGUUCGGAAACACGGUGACUUGAACGCCCAUGGCAUGCUGCUGUUCGCGUCCACCCAUAACUGUAACCCGCGGUAAAUUCGUCACUAGCAACUGUUGAAAUUGUCCGAUCGUUCUUCCAUGGUUGCCUACAAGAUGGUUGAAGUUGACCAUGGAUUCGGCAACAACAAAGUUAACAGAGUCGCCUUCUUUGUAGAGGAUAUAGGGCUGUUGAGGACGUGGAGGGAACACGAGAUUCCCAGCAAAAGGGAAGAAAUGUUGUAGGGUGUGGGAGAGAGAGGUUUUGAGAUUAGGAAGAAUGGUUUGGGUGAAAUGCAAGGUAGGGUAAGGGAAUUCAUAGAAAAAGAGUCGUUGCAUGGGGAAAGAACCAAGCCAGAGGAUGUCAAAGAAGGUGAGAGGCACGGUGGUGGUCGGAACUGAGCCAGGCGGCGGAGAUACAUGGCUAUCUUCAAGAAUCUUGAGGCCACAAGCUUGCGUGGCCAUUGAUACACACCGCAGUCUAACUCGAGAAGGAGAGACACUCAGUGCUCCCACUUUGAUUGAGGUGAAUGAAGCUCAAGCUUUCUGUUGGAGCUGUGGUGUCAAAGCUGCACAAGUGGCAGCAAAUGAAAGGAAAUGAGGCUGCAAAGUAGCAGUAAGUAUAGCCACAUGAAGCUGCACAAGUGGCAGCAAAUGAAAGGAAAUGAGGCUGCAAAGUAACAGCAAGUACAGCCACAUGAAGCUGCACAAGUGGCAGCAAAUGAAAGUAAAUGAAGCCGCACAAGUUAUAGUAAAUCUUUUAAUGUAAU